AUGUCACCUCCUAUCUCCGAACGCCUCACCCUUGAGAUCGAGCUGCUCUCGUCGAUGUACCCCGAAGGGGUUGCAUUCGAUCCAGUAGCAAGAGACCUUGCAUUCUCCACGGCCGCCGGUUCCAAAGACAGGCUCAUUUUGCGGUUACCUGAAGGCUAUCCCGUAUCGGGUUGGCCAGAAGUGAUCUUGGCCACGGACCAACGCGGAGGAGAUACGAGGCAGCGGGUCAAAAGCCUCGUCAAGGACAUAUGCGGAGAAGCGACACCUGGUGGUGAGGCUGAAGACAGCCCUGGUGAAGUACUCGAUGCCAUCCUCGACCGAUUCGUGGGACUCCUCGAAGCAUCCAUCGGCGAGCGGGACGAUGAUGAGUCUUUGGCCACACCCGACGUAGUGUCAGAUAGACCCAAAACGAUCAUCAUUUGGCUCCAUCACCUGCUGGCGACCUCAAAGCGAAAAUUAGCGCUUCACCCGACACACGACGGACUUGUCGGAGGAAUAACGAAGCCGGGCUACCCUGGAAUCAUGCUUUUCUCUGGUUCACAAGAGGCCGUCGGCGCCCAUGUUGCCGAGCUCAAGAGUCUGAAUUGGCAAGCUUUUGCCGUCAGAUACGAAGCAGACGAGGCGUGGAAUCUUGGCAACAAGAUCAAAGAGGUCGAGACGAUAGCUGAGGCGGUGCAGUGCAUCGAGGAGGAGCGGAGAGAAGCUUUCCUCAAAGCUGUGGGUGUGAAGUAG